AUAAUUUCACAAGUCCGUCAAAUAUUAAAUAUGAUAUGAGAUGGAACGAUUUGAGACACAUUUUUUGUCACAAGUAUCGGUGAAUAAGCGACCUUUUGGGAUCAACAAUAACAAUGGCUGUGUGUGUAGCUGUCAUAGGGAAAGAGAAUAGCCCACUUUAUGUUUGGGUUGGCAGUGGGCGUGAGGAGCUUCAUCUCCACUAUCUAGCACACACUGCACUCGAUGUUAUACAGGAGAAGGUUGCUGCGGUUAACAAGACUCCAGGUGACACAAGAGAACUCUACCUAGGGCUUCUUUAUGCAUCAGAAGAGUAUAAAGUCUUUGGAUACACAACCAACACAAGGAUUAAGUUUGUGAUCAUCACAGAUGCAGCCAAUACUACUCUCAGAGACAAUGAAAUUAGAAUGAUGUUUAGGCGUCUGCACAACAUGUAUACAAAUGUUGUGUGCAAUCCUUUCUAUAUCCCUGGAGAGCAGAUGGCAUCAAAGGAAUUUGACAGGGGAGUGGGAGCUCUGGUUGCUGGAAAUUAGAAAAUGUCUCUAUACUGUACUGUACUAAGUUAUAUUUUCAAGGAAUACCCAUAUACAGUACUGAAUUCAACAGAAGCAGUGGUGUGUGUGUGUGUUGUGUGUGUGUGUGAAUGACCAGAACCAUUGGUGUCUUGUGGUUUAGGGGGGUGGACAUGCUGAUGAUAAUUAUGUAAUUCUGGGUUGUAUGAAGUAACAAGGAAAACAGCAGAUGGAAAUAUUGAGACAUUCUUGUCGAGGAUCACCACUGUCGAGGACAUGUUAUAGCGGUUAAAGACAAAGAAAGGAGAGGAAAUCUGAUUUUGCUUUGAUUCCAACCAUCCUGCAACAUAUCGAGAGGAAGUUUGGAAAAAAAUAGAUAAAAAUCAGUUUGUAUAGUGUAUACAGUACAGUACCGUACAGUAUUGUGCGGCUGACUGGAGAUGUUGGCACUGAAUAUCCUGGAUUAUGAUUCUCAUUUAUUUCACAUACCUUAGUACAUGUACAUAGUGUAUAGAAGAAGGUAUGUGUUAAAAUAUGCAUAUUUGUCAUUGCUGUUUAUCUAUAAUCGGUUAUAUUUACUUUUCUUGCUCUUUUGUGUGGGAAGGGUCAGGGGGUGCAGAAUCCACAAAGAAAUGGGGGAAAUUUUAGGGGAGAGUGAAGCAAGAUUUGUAUAGAAAACAUCAGAAACAGGUUAAGUAAAAGUCCACACAUGCUUGUUCAUAUCUUCAUCUUUUAUAGUGUAAAGAGUAGACACCGUGAAUCUUUACUUUGAAAUACUGUAUACAGUAUAACUUAAGUACAGUAUUGGACAUUGACAUGGUAUUUGACCUAUUACAUGCAGAAGGAUGCCUAAUGAUAAACAGUAAGAUUAGACAGUCAGUGCCAUAUUAAUGUAUUUACAGUACUCUUGUACACUUCAUGGUGAAUUUUAUUGAUAAUGUUGUAAAAUAUCAUAAGUAAAGAAUUGGAAGAUGUGGCAUUUCUCAUAUAUUUGGUAUUGGUUAUUAUACAGUAUUAUAUUAUUUAGGAGAGAUGAUCUUUGAUGGUGUAUGAUAAAGGAGUCGCUUAUUGGUUUUAGCGUACAGUACAUCUAUACCAAUCUCUUAUCAUAUGGCUCCUCUGAAAUACAAUAAUCUUGUAUGCAGGUAUAGUGGUAGUAAAGGUGUUAAAUGUGUUAAAUGAAGUUAUGACAGGAUGCAGCAAAAAAAAUGUUAUUAUCUAUUAGUCUUAUUUUUAGAUAUAAGUACAGUACAGUAUCUCCAUUCUACUGGUAUAUUAUAUUUUAGAUUUAGUAAUACAGGACAUAGUAUUUCCAGUGCUUUGUAUUAAUUAGAACUACACAUUAACCUGUCUUGGUUAGUAAUACAAUGUGUUCACUUCACUGUAUAAUAGUUGUUUUGUUUUUUAAUUUUGUUACUUUAAAUGUGUUCACCAGACUACAGUUGUUUUCACUUAUACUCUCCCUCCUGUGUAUGCUUCAUGAGAUAAGCCUUAUAUAUUUUUGUUACCUUUCUACCUUGUCUGACAGAGAGAUCCAUAUGUUCAGCAUCAUUGUUGGCAUUGGCUUUUGCAUUAUCACUUCAUAAACAAAAGGUUAACAUAUUCAUCUGACUAUUGCAUUACAUUUUGUGGCAGAAGAUUCCUCUAGUACAAAACAAUUGUAAAAACAAUAGUGUUUGCAGUUUGUUUAACAUUGCACAGCAGAUUUUACUAUUCAGUUUGUCAUUACUGUACUUACAAUCUAUGUUUUGUAAAAAAAGCAGCAGCAGUUAUGCUUUGAAUAUUUUUUCAAGAAUUCUGUUUGUAAUGUAUUCUCAUCAAACAAAGUUGUGGCUUUCUGGUUGUGUUUUAACCCUUUGACAACUUUGAACCACUUAGGGAUUUUGUUCUGGCUGAAGUCAGAUGAUUGUAUUUAUGUGAGGGACUACCCUUAGCAAUCAGGAAGGAAGUUUUAUCUUGCAGGUAUGGGAGAUAACACCCUCUGUCACGUUCCAGAAUUUCCUGUAAUGGUAACAGUACAGUAUUUUUUUGGUGUUAUGUAUAUUUUAAUUAUAACAAUUAUAAUGUCAUUGUAAUAAAGCUACUCCAGUUUAA